AGAGGAGCCUCUCCCAAACAUGACCUUCAAUUUCCUUUCCAUUCUCUCAAAAAACUGAAACAGAAGGGAAAGGCAACUCACCUUCCAAAAUGGGAACCUCAAAGCUGUGCAGUUUUUUCCUCGCGAUCCUAGCCGUCCAUCUCGCGCUCAGCAUCAGCUCAACCAAGGCCGUUGAUUUAAGUGGCGGAGGGGACCACUUCCAGCUGGGCUUCGCCCCGAUUAAAUCGGAGUGCCGCGGCUCGAUCGCCGAGUGUUUGCUAGCUGGCGGGGAUGACGAGGAAUUUGGGCUGGAGUUCGCUAUGGACUCGGAAAUCAACCGGCGCAUCUUAGCCACGAGGCGGUACAUAAGCUACGGUGCGCUGAGGAGGAACACUGUGCCCUGCUCUCGACGUGGCGCGUCGUACUACAAUUGCCGAGCUGGCGCUCAAGCAAAUCCCUAUAGUCGCGGGUGCAGUGCAAUUACUCGUUGUAGACGCUGAAUUUUCAUUUUUUUUCCUAAUUAAAAUAUUUUUAUUCUUUUUUUGUGUAAUUUUUAGUUUCUAAAAUAUAUGUAGGUAACCUCAAAUUACAAAUUUCUGUGUGUUAUUUUAUUAUUACUAUACAUAUUUGGAAUAAGGUUGAGAUUGUUGCUUUAUUUUA